AUGAACUUCUUCAAGACGAAGCCUCGCACACCUCCAGAUCUCGUCCGCGGCCUCCGCGACGCACUACCCAAGCUAGACGCGGGCCCGCCCGGCGGCGAGGUCCGGAGAAGGGCGAACGACGAUGUCGCGAAGAAUCUCCAGCAGAUCAAGUCGAUCUUGUACGGCGAUGGAGAUCCUCUGCCGGAGCUAGUGGCCCAAUUGGCGCAGGAGACUUACAGCACAGACCUCCUCUACCACCUGCUUCUGAACAUCCACAAGCUCGAGUUCGAGUCGCGGAAGGACGUCGUCCAGAUCUUCAACAACCUGCUCCGACGGCAAAUUGGCUCGCGCUUCCCUACCGUCGAGUACCUGUGCUCCAAGCCGGAUGUCCUCUUCGCCGCAUUCGAUGGGUAUGGGAACGAGGAGAUUGCCUUGAACACCGGCAUGAUCCUCCGAGAGAUGCUCCGACAUGAGCCGUUGGCCAAAAUCCUCCUCUACUCCGAGCAGUUCUACAAGUUCCCCCAUUACAUCGAAACGACGACGUUCGGCAUUUCGUGCGAUGCGUAUACCAACUUGAAGGAAACGCUGACACGACACAAGACGAUGGUGGCCGAGUAUCUGGACAAGAACUACGACCGCUUCUUCUCGUCAUUCACCACGUUGAUUCUGUCCAACAAUUACGUCACCAAGCGACAGUCGCUAAAGCUCCUUGGCGAGAUCCUCCUCGACCGCGCGAACUUCAACGUGAUGACUCGCUACAUCGCGAGCGAGACAAACCUGAAGAUGAUGAUGAACCUGCUUCGAGACAAGAGCAAGAACAUCCAGUUUGAAGCAUUCCAUGUCUUCAAGGUGUUCGUCGCGAACCCGAAGAAGCCACCACAAAUCGAGAGCAUCCUCCGGCGAAACAAGGACAAGCUCCUCAAGUUCCUCAAGGACUUCCACAACGACAAAGAAGACGAACAGUUCAUGGACGAGAAGCAGUUCCUGAUAGUGCAGAUACAGAAUCUGUGA